AGCGUUUUGAGAUUUUCGAUUGUUCUCGAAUCAUUGAGAGGUGAUGGCUAGUGCAGGGUUGCAGGUUUUGGGUUUGGCUCUGGCGCUCUUCGGUUUGCUUGGCGACAUCAUCAUCUGUGCUCUGCCCAUGUGGAGAGUGACGGCCUUCAUCGGGCAGAACAUCGUGACCGCGCAGACCUUCUGGGAGGGCCUGUGGAUGAACUGUGUGAUGCAAAGCACGGGACAGAUGCAGUGCAAAAUCUAUGACUCCAUGUUGGCUCUGCCUCAGGACCUGCAGGCCGCGCGCGCUCUCGUGGUCAUCUCCAUCCUCCUGACGCUGUUCGGUCUCCUGCUCGCGAUCGCUGGGGGAAAGUGUACAAACUGCAUCGAGGACGAACCGACUAAGGCGCGCGUGUCCGUGGCGGCCGGCGUGUUCUUUCUGGUGGGCGGUGUUCUGUGCCUGAUUCCUGUGUGCUGGUCGGCUCACACGGUCAUCAUGGACUUCUAUAACCCUACCCUGGCGGACGCACGGAAGCGCGAGCUCGGCGCAUCGCUGUUCGUUGGCUGGGGCGCCGCCGCUUUACUGCUGGUCGGAGGCGCGCUCUUCUGCUCCCAGUGUCCUAAGACUGAAUAUCGAGGUUAUUCAGCCAAAUACACAGCGCCAAGAUCAAAUGCACAUGGUGGUGGCAACUACGUGUAGGUCUAACGAAAGCUUAACAUUGGCCUGAUGGACAACUAAUGUGUCUUAACUAACUUGUGUUUUUAUUGGACAGUUUUACUAAAUAAACAUGUUUUAUGCAAUCUGGCUUCUCUUGGGCUGUAAAACCUAAACCCUUAAAUUAGGUAUUGGAUUACAGUAGUGCUCUUAGUUUACUCAACUUUACUGUACUGUUGACUUGAUUAGUAACUUGUUCAGUCAAAACUACCUCAGCAUUAACUAAAUGAACUUUAAAACUGCUUGUUCUAUACAAUUCUAUUGUGUGAAGGACCAAAGGAUUAUUGUAAUCUGAUGCAAUGAGGCUUGGAACAAAAUGUUCCUUUACACUUCUGUCUGGCAGAUAUCCUUAGCCAGAGCGACUUCCAUUUCUCUAAUUCAUACAACUGGACAGUUGAGGAUUAAGGCCAAACAAAGGAUUAAACAAACUGCUGCAUUAUGUGAAGAUCCUAAAAUGGAUGGAAAUAAAAGCAUUAAUGGGUAAAAUGUAGUAAAAAAAAAAACCCCACAGAUUUCAAAGAACACUAAGACUGCCCUUACACUUGAAUGUCAAAAUGUUGACUACUUGUUUAACCAAAAAAAAACCCAAAAUGUAUUUGAGACUGUCUGAUAAUCUGAGUCUACUAAUAAAAUGUUAGCUAAGCAAGAAUGGUAGCUAACUAGUUUAAUUAGCUCAAUGACUGGAUCAUCUAAUUACC